UGUGAAAACAGAUUUUUCAUUACGCGAUGAGGAAACACGGUGGUAGCCUAAUUUUUUAAUUAGUGACAGACCUCCGCUAUCAAAUACCUGUCUAUUUAGACGGAGAGUGACUAAAACUAGAACGUUUAUAGGUUUGAAACUAUUUGUCUAACAUCAUGCCAUCCAGGAGGAAUGAUUGUGGUCUUCUGGCCAGGGUAAACUUUCCCUUGUACACGUUGCAGAUGUUGACCAGCAGGCACAUCUUGGUAGGUGGUGGUGGAGGUUCUUCAAAGACAGGGGUGGCUAAUGGAUUUGAAAUAUUUGAGUUAUCUCACAAUGGAUCACAAUUUGUCGCUGAAGAAGUAACCAGACAUGAGACAGGUCCUAGUGUCGUAAUGAACUGUAAUGCACACACUGAUGGCAAAAGGACAUGGAUUGUUGCUGGCCAGGAGAGCCAUUGCCAGCUUUACAAUGUAAACACUAAAGUAGUUACUGUGGAAAAUGGGGAAGUUAUUAAAGGACCUGAUAAGGAUGGAAAGGAAGGCCUUAGGCGUAGGAAAAGCAUAGAUAAGAUAGAAGAAAUUAAAACUUCAAAUGCAAGGAUAGAGGAAAUCAAAGAUGAUAAUUCUAAUAUCAAGAGGAAAAAGUUACAGUUAAUCGUGAAGCCUGCUGACAGUGUACAGACAGAUUUUAGUGAGGAAGAACCUCUUCAAAGGAUUGUAAGAGUAAGCUUAAAUGGAAAAUUCAUGGCUACUGGUGGAACAGAUGGUCAUGUAAGAUUGUGGAAGUUCCCACAGUUACACAAGCUGUACGAUUUGGAGGCACAUACUAAGGAAAUUGAUGAUAUAGACUUCAGUCCUGAUGGUGUGCUUAUUGCAAGUAUUGCAAAGGAUGGGAAAGCUUUUCUGUGGAAUGUAAACAGUGGCACGAAGGACAAGGAAUUGACCUGGUCACCUCCUAACGCAUUGAAGUAUAUGUAUAAGAGAUGUCGUUUUCGGAAAUUGGAAGAGGAAAAGUCGAAAACACAACUGUUCAUGCUUUCCAAUGCAGUGGUAGGCAAGAAUCCCAGUUUCUUGCAAAUGUGGGACAUUGAUUCUGGAAAUAUAUUGAAGACAGCACUGUACAAAGAAACCUUAUCUGCCCUGGCAGUAUCGGAUGAUGGACAGUUUGUGGCAGUUGGAACAAUGUUCUCUGGUAGCGUGGAUGUUUAUGUCGCGUUCAGUUUGAGGAGAGCUUUGCAUGUACCUGGUGCGCACAGCAUGUUUGUAACUGGUUUAGAAUUCUUGCCAACUAAACUAGACGGCCCUGCAAUUACCAGUAACACCGAAACUGCUGUCGUUAGUAUCUCUGUGGACAACAAAAUCUGUAUACACAGUAUACCAUUCAGACAUACACUGCCAUUCUGGUUUGUCAUCAUAAUGAUUAUUCUAAGUAUCUGUAGCGCGUUCAUUUUCUGCAGCUACCUCGGAAUAUGACCCAAGACACAUAUUUUUGACACGAUUGCGAGAAGCAGUACUUUUUCCAGGAUCAUAAAUGUUAUUCAUAGGGCGAAAGAAGGAGUAGUUUGCUCAUACGCAGACGUGUGUACACGAUUUCAGUGGCAAUGCACAAAAUUAUUUACAGUUACCCAGCAAAGGGUUAACGUCUAUUUGAUGUCUAGUUGUGUAAACAACAUAGAACCGAAUGCUGCUGUGAUAAACAAUUAUGUUGCACCGUUUGGCAAGCAUUAUUGUAAAUAGACUUUUUUUUUAUUGAUUCCUUCCUCAUCUCGAUAACGAUGUCUAGAACCUGUUUUCCUUACAUCAAAAAAUAGUUUUCACAAGCACCGAGAGCAAUCUAUACCAGUUUCUUCUAGUACAGAAAUCUCGGGAGACUUGUCUGGCUAUUGAAACUGCAUUUAUUUAAUUUAUUCUGUAUAAUAUUUCCAUGUACAGAACAUAGGCACGAUAUCUAACACUGUAUGUACAUUCUUUAUCAUGAUAAAUUCUUAUCGCUGUUUUUAUUCUGUUGCCCUAUGUUUUUCUGUACUUGUUUCUUAUGUAAAUGGCCCUUGGAUUUUCGUCUCAAAAUGACAGACCAAGGUGGACUGGUCACGUAUAAACAGCAUAUACACAUCGUUUUAUUAUUUUCUUUCGCGUGACGUGAACGAAGAAUUCGUCGUAGGAAAAUGCCAUAGAACAAGAAUUUCUUUAAGAGAGAUGCUCCACCGAGUCACAAAUCAAAGUUAUACAACGGGUUGUGU